AUGAUUGCACGUACUGCUGCGAAAUUGGCAUUUCUUUCCAUCGAUCUGCUGGUUUGCGAUGAAGCACACAGGCUUAAAAAUCUGAAUGGAAGACUCCGAGAACAACUUCAAAUUUUGCAUGCUCAGCGUCGUUUAUUGCUGACAGGAACACCAAUGCAAAAUGAUUUGGAGGAAUUUUAUUCACUGGUUAACUUUGCACGACCAGAUCUUUUUGGUUGUUUUUCGGAAUUCAAACAUCUUUGUGAAUUCGAGCCAACUCAUUUCAACGAAUUACUUGCCGAGGUGAUGCUUCGCCGGACAGCUGAAGUGAUCCAUGAAUGGUUACCACCGAAAACUGAUUACAUAGUUUGGUGUCGACCGUCAUCGUUGCAAUGCUCUAUAUAUAAACGUUUGAAGAAAUUCCUCUCGUGUGAUCACUUGACUUUGAUUGAUGCCUUGCGAAAAUUAUGUAACCAUCCAUCCAUUCUUUAUCGGAGUAUCAUGAUGAAACUUCAAACUUGUAAGGUGGAAGAAAGAGAAUUUUAUAACGCACUCCUUCAAUUGUUUCCUAGUACUUUUAAUGAUUUUUCCCUUUCAGUCACUGACUCAGGCAAACUUAGUGUAUUUACCGAGUUGCUGGGAAAAUUUCGAGGACAGGAAGGAAAAGUAGUCAUUGUUUCCAAUUUCACCCAGACUCUUGAUCUCUUGGAGGAGCUCUGUCGAACUCUGUUUUAUACUGUUCUGCGAUUGGAUGGUGGACUUGGCUUAAAUCUCGUUGGUGCUAGUCGAAUGAUUUUGUUUGAUUCGGAUUGGAAUCCAGCUGUUGAUAUGCAAGUGAUGGCUCGUAUCUGGCGACAGGGACAAAAAAGUCCAUGUCAUAUUUAUCGACUUAUUACCGGGGGUACUGUGGAUGAAAAGAUUUUGCAAAGACAAAUCAAAAAAAGCAGUCUCAAUACAGUAGUUGAAAUGAUCCCAGCCGAAUCAUUUACGCAUUUCUCUGAUGAAGAAUUGCAAGAUAUCUUUACACUUCGUGAUGAGGCCGAAUGUGAAACGCAUUGUUUAUUGGAAUGCCAGUGCGAUGGAUGUGGCCUUUUGCCAGAAGAGCUCGAAGUAAUUCAAGGAAUAAGUUCUGAUGAGAAUUCUGCAUCUAACCUGGAUGUUGAGAAUAUCAGCGAAAGUAUGGAUGGGAGUGACGACCCUACGUCAGUUCCAGAAGAUUCUAUCCAAUUAUCAGUUGGUCCUUUGAUACAGGAUUGCACUGUCUCUAUUUGUCCUAACAGCAACGAAGUGCCCGAAGACGAAGCUGAAAAUAAAAUACUGGGAGAUGAAGCGGCAUUAUCAGCGAGCGCGUUGAUGGGAACAUUGAUGCGUUGGCAGCAUUAUUCACCAAAUUAUGAAGAUCAGUUUGAAUUGAUGAAAGCUCAGGCUGGUUUAGAGGGAUGCAACCUAGAAGAGGUUUCGUUCAUUAUGAAGUUGGUCUCCAAUUUCUGA